AUGUUAGUGGGUAAACUUACAGGCUUAGAAAGGAGGAUUGAGAGCAUCGAGAGUCGUGGUGAUAACGAUAGUAAUAAUGCCAACUCGUCAUUAGAGGUUUCCUCGAUGCGUGAUAGGAUUGCGACUCUCGAACGACAAGUGAGAGAUAAUUCCUCAACUAUAAUACGAUUUCGUGAGCGUUUAGAUCAAAAUGACGAAUCACUUGCGAGAAACACAGUUAAGAUUACGGACCUUGAAUCGCAACGUGGCUCGCGUACACUUAGGUCAAAUCAGGCCACACACAGCUACAAUGGUACGUUACUUUGGAAAAUUGAUAACUUCAAUCGAAAGAGACAGGACGCCAUUAAUGGUAUCAAAACAGCCUUGUACAGUCCACCAUUCUACAGUUCUGAAAAUGGUUAUAAGAUGUGUGGUAAGAUCUAUAUGAAUGGUGAUGGUUUUGGAAAAGGAACUCAUUUAUCUUUGUUCUUUGUUGUCAUGAAAGGUGAUUACGAUGCACUUCAAGCAUGGCCAUUUCAAAAAAAUAUCACGAUGAUGUUAAUCAAUCAUGAAAAUGGAGAUCACAUGAUUGAUGCUUUUCAUUCAGAUCCUCAAUGUUCUUCGUUUCAGCGACCAAAGUCCGAUAUGAAUAUUGCCUCUGGAUCACCUCUUUUUAUGCCAUUGGAAAGUUUAAAAAAUCGCCAGUACAUUAAAGAUGAUGCAUUGUUUAUAAAAAUGAUAGUUAACUAG